UCGCGAAACAUCUCGACCCGAACUCCCGAAGGGACGCCUCCUCUCUAAAAACGGCGGGCCUUCCUCCAUGGCCAAUUCCUCCUCCGCUUCCCUCCAAAUCCAGCCUGAAUACGACUCAGAGAUUCCCAAGACGAAACCAAGUCGAGCAAAAUUGGGCGCAGGAACCUUGACCCAGCGAAGCAGAACCGAAUCGAAGCCGCGCGGCACGCCGCGAUGGGGAUCCCCCUCCGGUCUCUCCUCGUCGUCUCGCUCCUCCUCAGUUCGGUCGCCUUGCACGUCGCGGCGGCCAAAACUAUAGAUCCCUACAAGGUUCUUGGAGUUGACAAGAAGGCCAGCCAAAGGGACAUUCAGAAAGCCUUUCACAAGCUUUCUCUAAAAUAUCACCCUGACAAGAAUAAAGGCAAGGGUGCACAGGAAAAAUUCGAAGAAAUAAACAAUGCAUAUGAGAUUCUAUCUGAUGAAGAGAAGAGGAAAAACUAUGACCUAUAUGGGGAUGAGAAGGGCAACGCUGGAUUCAGUGGUGGAAAUUUUGGAAAUCGUGAGGGUUAUACAUACUUCACUGGUGGUGGCCCCAAGACCAGCUAUUUCCAAUCUGGUGAUGGAUGGCAGACAAUGGGUGGUCAGGGAAAUACAAAAUCAUUUUCCUUUUCAUUUGGUGGUAAUCCUGGGGCCAGUGGUGGAAAGCCAUUUGGUGGUGGUUUUGAUUUUAGUGAUGUUUUCUCUAACUUAUUUGGUGGUGGAUCAAUGGGUGCUAGCCAGCAUGGUGGAUCAGCUGGUUCAACUAGAGCUAAUACUGGAACUUCUGGUCAGCAUUCUGGUGCUGUCAAGAUUCAGGAUGUCACUACACAAAUUUUCAGUAAAGAAAUAUCUGAUCAAGGAAUUACUUGGCUUCUGUUAUUUUAUACCCCCCAGUCAAAAGGUCAAUUUGUUCUAGAAAAUGUUAUGCAGGACGUGGUCCAUUCACUGGAUGGUGCUCUAAGGGCUGGUAAGGUCAACUGCGAUAAUGAAAAAUCUCUUUGCAAAAAGGCUGGUGUUUCGCUAGGGAAAUCAGCCCGUCUAUUCGUUUAUUCGUAUGCCACUACAGAAAAGGGGUCUUUGCAUGAGUAUUCUGGAGAACAUGAUGCUAAGAGCUUGAAGACAUUUUGUCAAGAACACCUGCCAAGAUUCUCCAAACGGGUAGAUAUUGGCCAAUUCAGCUUCCCUCCAAAUGUCCUCCCAAACCUUCCUCAAGUGCUCUUACUAUCGAGUAAGAAGGACACACCAGCAAUGUGGCGUGCUAUCAGUGGGAUGUUCCGCAAUCGGUUAAUUUUUUAUGAUGCUGAGGUUCAUGAUGUUUCUCAUCCGCUGCUCAAAAGUCUCGGCGUGAAGAAUCUUCCAGCUGUAAUUGGUCGAACCGUUAAUGGGGAGGAGCAUCUUCUGAAGGAUGGCAUUUCGGUGAAAGAUCUCAGAUCUGGUAUCAGAGAAUUGAAGACACUGCUAGAAAAUUUUGAGAAGAAGAAUAAGAAGCUAGCGUCGAAUCAAGCUAAUAAGAAACCUUCUAGUCAACGGGAAGAAAACAAUGUUCCUCUCCUCACAGCUUCUAACUUUGAGGAAAUCUGUGGAGAGAAGACUUCAGUAUGCAUCAUCGGUGUUUUUGGAUCAACCAAAGCCAAGGAACAGCUUGAAGCAGUCCUGUCUGAGAUAUCUAAGAAGACUCUGAUAAGGGGGCAGAACUACAUUUCCGGAAGUGCACUCUCAUAUGCUUUGUUGGACAGGAACAAACAGUCCGUGUUCCUGUCAUCGUUUGACAAGUCUGGAUUCAAGUCAUCUGACAAGCUUCUCAUCGCCUACAAGCCUCGCCGGGGGAGGUUCGCCGUGUACAAAGAUGAGGUGACACUGGAAGAAGCUGAGGGGUUCGUGGGCUCUGUUUUGAAUGGAGACGUCCAGCUUUCGCCGACUCAACAAAAGCCAGUCCUUAGGUAGACUACCAUUGCAAUUCGAAGAGUUUUAGAUCUAACGGUGUACGUGUUAUUUUGAAGGCCUGUACAUAGCUGAAUGAAGAGAGUGAAAUGUAUAGCGUUUGUCGGACAAUUUUGUCGUCCGGAAAACAAGAAUUACUGACGUAUCUCUCCCUCGAUUUACACCCGUCACAUCAAAUAUUUAAA